AGACUGCAAAGUUGCCAGACCAUACCAAUGAGACGACCGGGAACCCCAUACAUGACUUCUUGGCCGCCAAUAUAUCGAUGAGCCACCUUCCUACAUCCGCGACGCCUCUCACGUAAAACACUCGCAGAGCGGGGCUCCGCAGCACCUCCGCAAUGGAUCAUGCCGCCUCCGUCUUCGCGUCCGUCUUCCCCGUUCUCUCGCUCUCCCACACAACCCCAACACCAGUCGCGACACCGGUUCUGGGUCAGACUGCGACAGACGGCUCGUUUGGGAGCCCGUAUGCGGGCAGACAUGCAGAUAGGCAAGGACAAGGGCAGCACCGGGCGGUCAAGCGGGGUCUGGCAUGGAGUUGCGCGACGCGAUUCCUGAGUCUGCCUAAAGACUGGUCUGCUGGGGCUCAGCUGCAGCGGAACAGAGAGAUCGAAGACGCAUUGGGCUAUUUGUUGCGCGGGGAGGGCAGGAGCGAGGAUGCCAAGGAGGAGGGGCUCGUGGAGUGGUAUACGAAUGAGUGCAGCCUGCACUUUGCAAGAGAUGUCAGGCCUGGGCUGGAAGAGCUGUGGGGGACAGAGAUCGAGUUGCGCAAUGCGUGGAGCCUGCUUGGUGAGACGCAACGCAUCCUCGAGCAGGUGCAGACUGUCUAUCUCCAACCCUUCAACGAUCACAUCCUCCCGUUUCUGCAGCGAGACGUGAGUAAGGCGGCGACUCGACCCAGUAGACCCGCUCAGAUUGUCGAAGCUGAUGCUCCGGAUGCUGCGAAUUGGAAGUUUCGCCGCGAUUUACACGCUGUGUUUGCGCAUUGCCUGCCUGCCCAGCGCUUCUCAAAGACGCUAAGUUAUGUCUUGUAUGACGCGGGAUGUAGAAUAUUCCGCAUCUACACACGGCGAGACGGGGUACAGGCUCACACGACACCGGAGGACACGCGCGAGUCUCGACAGCGCAUGACGGUUCUUCUACAGGGACUGGAGCGCGUUGGACUUGGUGGUGAUGCUGCACAGAAGGCAUUCGCGCAUGCCAUGACUAAGCUGCUCGACUCGUUUAUCACCAGUCACUAUUUGAAGGUGGAUUGGUACUCGAAGAAGUCGAUUGUGCCGCACUUGAAGAUGUGGAUUCAAGACGGCUUCUGUCCGCUCGUCGAGCUGGUACUGGAGUGCUUGAGGUGCGAGCAGAGUAGCGUUCUGCCGACCGAAAUAUCUUCCUGGCAGGAGAUGGCGCUGAGUAGGCUGGGGCGGGCAAGAGUCGACAAUCUGUUCGACUUUGUGAUUAAUUGGGACAAGAGCUUGGGGGCUGUGCUGGAUAUCAAGGAGUAUCUCAAGGUCACAGGCGCAAAACAACAUCUCACAUCGAGUUUCUCACAACAGAUCUCGAGACGACUGCUGCAUCCUGGAGCUACCUCGACAUACAUUUUGAACGUCUACAUCUCUAUCAUUCGCUCAUUUCACGAGCUGGAGCCUAAGGGCGUGCUGCUCGAACGGGUAGCAAGACCCAUCCGACGGUACUUGAAGGAGCGAGAAGAUACAGCCAGGAUCAUCAUCUCUAGUCUACUCACCGACCUCAGCGAUGAGACAGGCACCAAGUUCUCUUCUAACAGCGAAUUUUCCUACGAGAUCGCUAGCGAAAUGGCAAAGCCCUUUGCAAACUUCGGUCAAGACACGGAUGAAGAACUGAACUGGGGUGAUAUGAACUGGCAGCCUCUGCCCCAAGACGCAUCGCCAGAGUACAAGAAAUCAAAGGUCGAAGACGUGAUAUGGUUCCUACUGACACUCUGGGAGCGUGAUGACUUCAUCAACGAGUUGAAGAACAUCCUCGGAGACCACCUACUGCGAUGUCAAGACCCAGAGUACGAGAAAGAGAUUCGGUUGUUGGAGUUGAUAAAGAUCCGUCUAGGAGACGACAAACUACAAGCAUGCGAAGUCAUGCUCCGCGACGUCCUAGAUUCAAAACGCAUCAACGCGUCCAUCCGCGCAGCAACCUCCUUGGUCGCAAUCUCAUCCACAUACCACACUCCCGAGUCCCGAUCCAGAAAUCCUCGCACUCCGGAUGGCAUACAUCCUCAUACACCUCAACCCCGUCGUCGCCCUGCGCCCCCUACUUCACACCUAGCCCCCUCAACACCCGCCCCCGCACCCAACGAACCAGCACUCAACGCACAAAUCCUCUCAUCCUUCUUCUGGCCGCUCCUCCGCGACGACACCUUCGCCGUCCCCGCGCAAAUCUCCGCCCUGCAGCAAGAAUACGAAGCACGCUUCGAGCGCAUCAAAGGCAUGCGCAAACUCCGGUGGAUGAACGCACUAGGCUCCGGCUCCAUAACGCUCGCCUUCGACGACCGAACAGAAGACUUUGACAACCUAGCCCCCUGGCAAGUCAGCGUCGUCUACGCCUUCCAAGCACAGCCCGCAGAGGCGCGCAAAACGCCAAAGCACACAAAAGCCGGCGAGGGCAUAUCGCGCUCCGUCGCCGAGCUCGAGGAUAUGCUCGCCAUGGACGAGGCGCUCGUCCGCCAGGCCCUCGCGUUUUGGACGGGCAAAAGCGUUCUCCGCGAGGUCGAGCAGGAUGUCUACACCGUCAUUGAGCGCCUGCCGCGCAAGUCGGCGCUCGCGGCUGAAGAUGCUAGCGCGGCGGCCGCCGCGGAGGAACUCGCUACUAUUACCGCUGCACAGGCUACUACCGUCAAGUCGCAGGAGGAUCUGUUCAAUGAGAAGAAGGCGGUGUAUGAGAGCUUUAUUGUGGGUAUGCUGACGAAUCAGGGGAAUAUGCCGGUUAUGCGCAUCGUGAUGAUGAUGCGGAUGAUGGUCCAGGGCGGGUUUCCGUUUGGCGCUGAUGAGAUUAGGGGGCUGUUGGAGGAGAUGGAGGGGAGGGGGGUGGUGGCGGGGUUGGGUGGUGAUGUUUGGGCGGUGAGGAAGUAG